AUGGGAUCCUCAAAGUAUCAUGUUGUGGUGAACGUCCGCGUUUACAGUUCCACCGACGAGGGAUCAUUUCUGCUUGUUGCUGACAAUGCCCUCGACAGCAUCCUUCAAAUCGACGUCACUUCCGGGUCAAAUGUCACGCUUCCGUUCGGAGACCCAAGAUGGCCGCUGUCCGUGGACUACGACCCGACGACCGACUUCGUGUACUGGACGGAUCGUUAUGAUAGAGACAUCAAGCGGGCCCGCCGCAAUGGUACUGGGAGGGAAACCAUUGUCAAAAGCGGCAUAAUCAGUGCCUAUGGCCUGGCGCUGGACUUUGCCGCGGGUAACGUGUACUGGGCCGACUCCAGAGCGAGGACUGUCUCAGUAGCCCGGAUGGACGGUUCGUUCGCCAGGCCACUGCUGACGUCACCAACCGUCGAUAGUCCAGGAGGUCUGGUGUUAGACCCGAGAAAUGGCUAUAUGUAUUGGACGGACUGGGGGAGUAAUGACAGAAUUGACCGUGCAGCGAUGGACGGUAGUGGCCAUACAACUAUCAUCAGUAACCUGACUGAUCCAAAUAUGAUCACUAUAGACUACAGUGGGAACCGACUGUACUUCUGUGAUGGAGGGGAGCACAGCAUCUUUAGUACCGACCUGCUUGGUAACGACAAGCGGCGACUGCUGUACCUACCUUCAGAUUAUCUGUUUGGCAUCGCGAUAGACGACAACAGCAUCUACUGGUCAUCAUGGACAACUAAAAAUAUUGGCAUGCUGUCCAGGUCCAACAUGCAACAACAGAACGUCCUUGUUGAUAGCCUUUUAAGUCCUAACGACAUCUACGUGUCCAUGACAACACCUACUGACGUCACCAACGCUUGUUCCACGUCGAACGGAGGCUGCCAAGAACUGUGCCUGGCUAAUCCAGAGGGGAAGACAUGCGCCUGCCGGUGGUUUUGGAAAUUGCAGCAAGACGGAACAUGCCUUCCACCAGGGCUUCGGACUCCGAGCUACCUCUGGUUGGAUCAUGAUCCAGACAAUAGCGUGACGUCUGUGAAAAUGACAGCAGGAAACAGCAGCGUCAUAAGAGGGUUGCGCGGCCAAGGUCGUCCUUUCCCCUUCGUGACACUCUUCAAGUCUGCGUCACCCUCCAGAAUAGAGGCGAUUGAUUACGACUUUCAGCGCAACCUAAUCUUCUGGGCAGACACUGGACUGAGGGAACUCCACACGGUACAGUUAUUACAAGAUGGGAGGAUCCAAUCCUUCUCCACGCUCCUGGAGGGCAUCUCGUCCGGAGUGGAGGGCAUAGCGGUCGAUUGGCUCAACCAGAACCUGUACUACACAGACAGCUACCUCAACUGGAUCGCUGUAGUCAACUACAAAGACAACCCGCCACGACAUCACGUUAUUGCCCAUGCAGGAGUGGAUAGGCCACGUGGCAUUGCUGUUCAUCCCCAAGCAGGAUUUUUGUUCUGGAGUGACUGGAGUAGGCAGAAGCCGAGGAUAGAGCGGGCAGUGCUGUCAGGAGAGCAACGGACGGAAUUAGUAAAUACCGACAUUGGUCAACCUAGUGGUCUUGUGAUAGGUGAAAACAGGCUGUACUGGGCCGACACCUUCCGUGACACUAUCGAAUCAUGUGACCUAGAUGGCAACAACAGGGAAGUGUUUUAUACACUUCGAGGAACACAUUUCUAUGACAUCACAUUUGACGGGGAGGAGAUUAUGGCAAGUGACUGGUCCGAUGACUCAAUCAACUUCAUCGAUGGGGAAAGAACUCUAUACUUCAAGGGCGAGGGUUAUGUCUAUGGCGUGGAGUUCUUCGACCAGAGCCGGCAGCAACCAGGUCCAACGGAGUGUCAGGUCAACAAUGGCGGCUGCAGCCAUACCUGUGUGGGAGACCCAGAUGGACACAAGUGUUUGUGUUUACCUAACUUCCACCUGGCGGAUGACAACCAAGGAUGCAUUGCAAAUGAACAUUCCUUCUCCAAGGCCCUCUUUGUCGGAAGCGAUUCCGGCAUCCUCCAGCUGCCGCACAACUUCCUUGGACUGCCUGAAGCCGGCGACUGGACAGAUUCGUACAUCGUACGAGGGACAGAAGCCUUUGCGAUGGAAUUUAAUUACGCAGGAAAGAUGGUAUUCUACACACAGCAACAAGAUGAUGGAACCCAAAACAUCGAAAGGCUCUCGAUAAUCGGCGAAGGUGAUACGAUGACAAUCUUCGAAAACGGACAAGGAAUUGAAGGCAUUGCUGUUGACUGGGUGGCAUCUAACCUGUACUGGACAGAGCGCCGACUUGGACGGAUCCACGUGUCUAAGCUGGACGGAUCACUGCGGAGGGUGCUGAUAUCCAACCUGGACCAGCCAAGUGCUAUCGCAGUGCACCCUGGACGUUCGUACGUGUUCUGGACCGAGGUUGGCUCGGAUCCAAAGAUUUCCCGUGCAUCCCCAGAUGGUAGCAACAGACAACUACUCGUCUCCUCCCAAGCAGAAGAUAUAGUGGGCAAACCCACUGCUUUGGCUAUUGAUUACUUACAAGAUAGAUUAUACUGGGUAACCAGUGACCCUGGUAAUGUGCAGUCCUCCAACCUUCAUGGUGGUGAUGUGACGACCUUAUGGUCAUCGACUACUGCUAACCCAUUCGGUGUUGCCAUAUACAAGGAUUAUGUGCUAUGGACGGAUAACAGUACACAAAGUCUGAGCUUUGGUCGACCGUCAGUCUUCUUUGGGAUCUUGAGCGAAAAGACGACUAAUUUGUCGACAGCAGCAUACAACAUCAAAGUGUACGACGACACAGAGCAGCCAGUGUUCACAAGUGCUUGUGACGAUAGGAACGGCUUGUGUACGGAGCUAUGUAUUCCCAAAGGAGAAAAUCGUGUCUGUGCCUGCGCGGAAGGACGAUAUAUCCAAGCAGACAGAGUGAGCUGUUCUGACGUGCCUUCGAUCCUUCCCACCACCCCAUCACCAACCGUACCGACAGGUGGGUACUCCCCAGAAGACUUCGUUCUGGUAGCCGACAGUGAUACAGGCAACAUCUCGCAGGUCAACAUCACUUCCGGUUCAAACGUCACACUUCCGCUACGAUCCGCCUAUCCGGUUGCACUCGACUAUGACGUAGCAACAGACUAUGUCUAUUGGUCCGAUUAUUAUGACGAGAAGAUCUAUCGGGCUAAAAGAGAUGGCUCCGAUUUUGAGGCGAUCGUCGACAAAAGUGUAAUAGGUAUCUACGGAAUAUUCGGACUAGCGCUUGACUUCGCUGGACAGAACAUCUACUGGACCGACUGGGGCACAGAGAUUAUUGGCGUUGCAGCGAUGGACGGAAGCAACGCACGGGCCGUUUUCUCCCAGAACUUAGACUAUCCUCAAGGCAUUGUGCUGGAUCCAAAAGAGGGGUACAUGUACUGGACGGAUUCGGACUAUUUGAAACCAAGAAUUGAGCGGGCUGCUAUGGACGGCAGUGAGAGGAACAUACUGAUCAGUAGCGGUCUGGCCACCCCUAUUGGAAUCGCCAUAGACUUCAACGGUAAUUCAAUCCAAUACGUUGAUUUUUAAGAAAAUAGUUGACUAGUUUGGCACUUGAGUUACUGGCAAAAUGUCUCCUAUAACGUAUAGUUACCCACUUUCAAACUCCAAAAGCUGUUAGCGAAUGCUAUGUAGAUAA